UACAAGGCCUAGUGGAUCACGCUGCCUUCUUUGUCCUUUUGGACGCUACUGGGCGCAAAUUAAUUAAUAACAGAAAUCGCAGCUGUACGAUGAAGUAUCUCAACUAAUCGGUGAUUCUUGAGGUUGCAUUUCUUCCUUGAGAUAGACGAUCAAAUGAUAGCAUCCGUGCGCAACUUGAAAGCGCCCCCAAAUUCGGAGUACAUGUGGCUGGAUAUCACCCCCCCUACAGCAACAUUUAAGGCUGAACAUCAAGAGUCGCUAGAAUUGCUUGUCUGGCCCAGGCGAUCCACCAUGUUCUUGGCACCGCAGAGUUCCCCAACAGCCAACUACACUGUUGCUACAAGGUCGUACCGUGGUGCUAAUAUUCAGUCAUUUCCUAUCUGUUAAUGAAUCAUCCGUCAGAUACCAAACUAUAGACUAGUUGCACGAAGGCAGUCCAAAAGUACGAUGCAGGCCCGGGCCUAUGGAUGUUAAUGGCGCGAAGCGUGGUGUCAUGCGCUAUGCAACUAUCCCUGCAAGACAGCGGUCCCGUUGGCGCAGUGAUAAUUAAUUGAAAGCAACCUUUGUCCGUCUCAGGGGCACCUCCGCUUUUGUUAUUGAGAUACGGAUGCUCCUAGCAGUACUGGCGCAGUACUACGCUCUCUGAAACCCGUGGCAAGAGUGGGAGUUUCUCGUUUCCCUGAUGCCUGCUACCUCUGGUUCAAGAUCAAAGAAUUUUCCAAACUUCGAUUCUGGCGAUUGUGGGAGCCAUCGUCUCAGGAUACGGCGCAGCACUGGAAUUUAUAAGAGUGCGCUACUUGCUUUUUGGUGCGAAGCCGUCGGGGCGGGACUCUAUCUUAUGAGCGGAUGCCUAUCCCCGAACCCCGUCUACAUAUAAGCCAG